CAGUACUCUCUCAACACCAUGACCUCGCUACCCAAAGCCGUCCUGUACUAUUCUGAGUCCAACUGCUGGUCCGAUGCCACGAUGAUCGCGUUGGCAGAGAAAGGUUACACGUCAGACGAGUUAGACAAAAAGAUCGUCGACAUCUCCAAAGGAGAAAACCUGAUUCUACCUUACCUCCGAAUCAACAUCAAGGGCACCGUCCCUACCCUCGUUGUGCCAUUUCAAGACUCUCUUUCUGGUGACGUUGAAAGCAGAUACAAAGCUCUGUCCGAUCCCAAAGCAAUAAUCGAUUUUCUCGACGAAGCGCGUGGAUCUGUUUCGCGGACCAGAACGACAUCAACUGCUCCAGCGCCAGCUCUCCGGCCUGCGACAGUUGCUUAUUCCGCUGUAACAACCGCUCUCCGUGAGAUCCUUCACUCUGAAGAAGUUUCGCCAGAUAGGCUGGCUCUGCUCAAUGCACGUGACGAAGAGUCCUUGAAGACCCUGGCAAUAACCAAGGAGCCGAUUCUUAAGGGGAUACAACAGACCCUCGUACAAUGCCUUGCGGAUGCGGAUGCGGGCACAAUUCAGGCAUCUGAAAAGGUGAAGUCAUUCUGGCGGCAAAAACUUAGCGAUACCGAAGAAUUGCUUCAAGUGUUGCAAGCCGCCGAUAAGGAAACAGAAAGCCUGAACGAAACCGCCCGGAAAGAAAGGGAAGAGUUCCUGCAAAAAGCGAAGACAAUUUGGCAGGUGACGGUCAAGGAAACUUGUGUAAAGGUGAACCAAGAUAUCAUUGGACCGUAUGUGUUGGGUGACCAAUUCUCCGUUGCCGAUAUCUCGUUGGGUUCUUGGCUGCGGAUGAUGGUGCAACUCGCCGGUGCGACAGCCACUGACGACGAUGGAGUCCAGAAAUUGGAGGCCUACAUUGGCGGUGGACUUAGUCUUGACAAGCUCACGGUGUUCUGGGCUCAAGUAAAGGAAAGGGCAAGCUGGAAGACGUUGUAA